AUGUCCAGAAAGACUGCAGCAUCUACUUUAAACCGUAGUAUGCAAUUAUUAAGACCUAAAUUGCAUUGCUUUGGGAUUAUUAAGUACAAUAAUUUACAUACUACAGCAAAGGAAAUUAAAAUACCAGUACCAUGGGGUCAUGUCUCUGCAAAACUAUGGGGACAGGAAAACCAGCGACCUGUUUUAGCACUUCAUGGGUGGCAAGACAACGCUGGCACCUGGGAUCCACUUGCACCUAUGAUCAGUGAUAAAUUACCGAUUCUUGCAAUCGACUUCCCUGGCCACGGCCACUCAUCGUGGAUACCACCAGGGUUCCAAUAUUAUCCCUGGGAUCUACCAAGAUUGAUACUUACAAUCAGAGAUUACUUUAAGUGGGAUAAAAUUUCAAUUUUAGGACAUUCCAUGGGUUCAAUAGCUGGGAUGCGAUUCGCCUGCGUAUUCCCAGAUGAUGUAGACUUCUAUAUAGCAGUGGACAGUCUUAUUUACGAUGACUACGACUUGAACCAAGUAGUUGAAAGAUUCCCUAAAAUAUUACGAAAAAUACAGUUAGCCCAAACUCGCCUUAAUGACGAACCUCCAUCAUAUACGAUGGACGAAAUUACGCAAAAAUGGUAUUUAGGUACGAACAAAUCUGUAGCGUUGGAAAGUGUGCAGCACCUCGCACAACGCGGUUUAAAGGCGUCCUCGGCUGACCCAAAUAAGUUUUAUUUCAAUAGAGAUGCUCGACUAAAAAGCAUACUUUUUAAUCCCGAAAAUAAAUUAUUAGUAGGGACACUUGUCAAGCGCUUAAAGUGUCCUACUUUAUAUUUCAAAGCGAUAGACUCACCCUACGCAUCAGAUGAAUAUUCCGUGGAAAUGCGAGAAGUGGUUGAAAGGAAUAAUGCGAAAUUUGAGAGCCAUUUUGUCCCAGGAACACAUCAUGUCCAAUUAAAUAAUCCUGAGAGAUUAGCACCGACUAUUAUAACCUUUUUACAAAAGUAUAACUUUAUAUAA